UGCUGUAUUAUUAUUCUUUUAGUUAAACUUACAUUUCAUUUAAAAGAUCGAAAUCAAACAGCAUAGUGCCUUCGUUGGUGGGUUUCCCAAAAAGCAUAUAGCUGCCCUCAGAAAGCACCUACAUCAAGGCAUUCGGUGAGAUGGCAUCUAUCGCGCAUUUAGACGCUCUUUCGCCAUAUCUUUUACGCCGUUUAAGAAAUAAUACUCCUGCAUUAGAGACAGUCAAAAAGAGCUGCUGUGUUUACGUUGGAAAUUUAUCAUUUUAUACUACAGAAGAACAAAUCUACACACUUUUCUCAAAAUGUGGUGAAGUUCGACGAAUUGUCAUGGGUGUAGAUCGUUUUGCAAAGACCCCUUGUGGCUUUUGUUUUGUUGAAUAUUAUAAAAAUGAGGAUGCCCUUGAUUGUUUGAAAUAUAUUUCUGGUACAUCCUUGGAUGAGCGUAUUAUUCGGGCAGACUUGGAUCCUGGUUACGAAGAAGGACGACAAUACGGGCGUGGUGCUUCUGGUGGACAAGUGCGCGAUGAAAUGCGAGAAGAAUACGACCCCGGUCGUGGUGGGUACGGAAAGCUACGCCAGACUUCUGGUAAUCGGACACUAGCUAAUUACUCAUCCAUUUCUUCUGCUCCAAUGGGAUCCUCUUUGGAACUACAAAGCAAUCCCAGAUAUCACCGGUAACGAGGGAUGGUUCCAUGGAAUAUUACUAAGGCUUAUUACUUUUCCAAUUCAUGGAAAAAUAUGAAUUUUUUGCGUUUAUCCAUAAACCUAGAAAAUUUAUAAUGAUAAAGUGCAACGUUAUGAAUGGCCAAACGUCAAGAGAAGUAAAAUGGGAAGAGGAGAGGAAAGAGGAAAAGUAAAUUAUGCGUUCAUUUCAUUUCACCUAAUACAUUAUAAGACCAAGAUUAGCUAUAGAAAGAGUUCGUUAUUUGUGUAAAACACGUAGAAUAUCCUCCCAUGUUCUAAACUUCUCACCUACAGACUCGUGUCGCAAACCAUUUUCAAUUUCAUGCUUUUUUAUAACUUCCCAA